GCUGCCAUAUAGCUGGAAUAUUGCUGAGUGCGGCGCAAAACUAAACUCACUCUGCAUUCUAAAUGGUUGUGAAAGUGAAAACAAGUCUAUCAUAACGCACGUUUAGGGGCGCUUCAAUCGGAAUCGGAUUUCGCACAGGACAAGUUGUUCAAAGUACUAGCAGUUCCAGGUAGCUUGACACACAUGUUUAAAGGUUGUUCGGGAAUACAACAGGAAUAGUGUUCCGUAAGAAAACAAGGAAACAUAAAUCCAGCAUCGUAUCCCGAUUAGUCAGGCUCGGUUAUUUGGUUGAGUCGGGUGUCAUUGUACUCCCAUAGCUCGGAUCUUAGCUCACAAUACCAGUCACUUGGUUGUCAGGCACCGGGCAAAUUCCAGGCCGCAAUCAUAUAGCCGAGUGCGAUGUUAAACAAUAACGCCGCCAUACCAUUGACCUACUGGUUAUUAUAUCUUCUGAGUACAUUGCAUUAUUUAGCUGAACAUUACAGUAGUAACAGUGAUGUUGUCCUCUUGUCAAUUAUUGCAUGUAUUAUAAUAAUAAUAGCAUCUAAAUAUUGUAAUAAUACAGAAAUUUUGAAAUCAUUCCCUCAUAUAGACUUCAGUAUUUGCCUGCACAGCAUUAGAAGAGGUAUAGAAUAACCCUGUUGCCUCUGCCAGAUUUCUGAAAAGGGUGCAAGUGGGGGAAUUCUGUAGCCACCUUGAGGAAUGGAAGAACACUGGUGUUAAGAAGAGCGUUAUGCUAUAAUAUAUAACAAACUAAACUGAUUGUGAGCAAGUCUCACUGUCAACCACAAAGACAGCCUCUUAUUACAAACUGCUGGUUGACCAGUAACUAGUAACACCCCGAAUCGUACCCAACGAACUCUUGCUCAAGCCCUGGGGAAUGAAUUCAACACGUACGUGUGAUUACUUGGGCAACAUUUAUAUGAAGGCGCGACCAAACUGCUCUCAAAAAAACACGGCUGUGCUCCGUCUCUACACCCCAGUACAAGCGCAAAUGAAAUCGGGAGCCAGUUAACAUUAAGCUGGUUCCGGCUCCCUUUGCGCGCACCAGCUUGGGAUAUUGCGAGACGGGGUCCAGUUUACGAGACUUUGCGUUGUCCUUGGCGACCGUUGUCACUUCGAUGUUACAUCGACGCCAUUUUGAUGCUAAAUCUGCAUCUUGCUAUUCUGAAAACGUUAUCUUCCUAUCCUUCCUCGAAAUUCUUGAACCUGCCACCAUGAAUUCCAGCACUUAUGUUCAAGGUAUUAUUCUAAUUACGUUUCAGUAUAUUCUGUAUCUUCACUAUGCAGUAUCAGGAUAACCCUCGGUCAUAAGGCAGUGUACAAUCGCCAGAAUGAACUUUCAUGAUUCCUGAACUGACCCACGAACACUUUCCAACUUUUAGGGGGCUCACUAUGUUUAUAUAUGGCCAUUAAUGUACCUUAAACUGCAAACAUUGCAGCUUAGAACUGAAAAUGGGUUCACCUUUCUUAUAAACUCUCAAAAUGUACAUAAUCUGGUUCUCAAAACUUUAUUCUGUAUUGCAAGAAUACGAAAUUACUAUGUAUUUCAGCGAGUAGAAAUAAUAGCUGUAAAAUGUAAACUGAAGCUUGGUAACCUAUACUCUCUGAGAGGUUCAAGUUAUAAAGGAACAGGGAGACAUACUUUACAAUUUCAUUACCCUUUAUCCAACAUUAAAUGGAAAACUUUCGAAAAUGACACCCCUUAGCUAUAACCCUUUAUCUGUCAUCCCAAUUCAUCUGUCAUUAUCAGACAAAUAAUAUAUAUCAUUUACUACAGUCAUCAUCUAAAGAUAGGACCAGCAAUGUACCCUCUCACCCUUGACAUUAAAGUACUUUUUAUCCGUCUGUUCCCCACCAGUUGAUCGGAUCAUGUGGUUUCUACAGCCUCUCUCCCCCCUGGCUUGUCCUACACUUUGUCCACGCCCCACUUCAAAGUCCCUGACCAUCCCUGCCCACUUGUCACACCUGCCCGUCCCCCAGACCCUUCGCCCCAGCACUGUCCCCUCUGUGUCCCUCACCAUUGCUGGUCAGUACAUCGUGGACGACACCGACUUUGCUGAAGUCGAUCUCGGGGAUGAGGAGAUCAUCCAGCCAACCCACUCCUUCCUGAAGGCCUUGCUAUCUAGAGUGGCCAGCUUCUUCAGAAGAAUCAAGAGUGUGUUUAAGAAGAAGGAUGAUUAGGCAGUGAACUAUCUAAACAAAACAUUUAUAAAUUGUUUUUAGGACAUUUGAGGCAUGUGUUACAAUAUUUAGGAAAUACAAAAUUUCUACAUUUAUU